CUUUGUCAAGAGCGGCCACUCACAUUCAGACUGAACGAAGGAAACAGCACAGCAUCUAAGGAAAUUUGUGGCUUUUGAAGCACCAGCCGCCAGCAGAUAAUGGUCAAUGAAGUCAACGUCAUCCAUGCGAGACACUCACCGGUCACCAUGAAGAAAAUUCGCACCUUUUUCAUCCUUUUGUCGGCUCUUCCAACUAGUAGAAGAAGAAACGAGAAGCGGCCUUGGACAGAGCUGGAAACCUAUUCCACUCUUGUCGACCUUCUGUUUUACGGGAGCAAAUGAAGCUGCUCCGCUCCUCGCCGGCGGCAGAAUGCGUCGGAGAAACUUCGUCGGAGACGGUGCAUGUGGCGGUCGGGAGGUCGCCGGAGAAAACCCGAAGGUUGCUCGAAUGGACGUUUCGGCAGCUCCGGUGUCCGGAAAUUGUCCUUGUUCAUAUUCACCGGCCGUCGUCGACGAUCCCCACGCUCUUGGGUAAUCUUCCGGCUGAUCAGGCAAAUGAAGUUUUGGUUUCUGCACAUCGUUUGGAAGAGUGGAAAAACACACAGAAAUUGCUACAAUGUUAUCGGAGAAUAUGUUAUGGAUCCCAGGUGCAACCUAGAGUUAUUUUAGCCGAGUCAGAGCAUAUUCAGAAAGGAAUAAUCGACGUGGUUAACAAGCAUGCCAUCAGAAUACUCAUCAUGGGAGCAUCUCCAGAUAAGUGCUUCAAGGUGAAAAGCAUGUUCAGUCAGCCUAUUUAUGCUACAAAGAAUGCUCCUUUCUGUGAAAUGUGGUUUGUUCAUGAAGGAAAGCUUGUUUUUGUCAGAGAGGCUAUUGAUUUUAGUGAAACUAGUCGGACGGCUGAGAGUCAAAGCACUGUUCCCAUGCCUGAUACAGAAUAUGAUAGAUCGAAGGAGCUGGAAAGGCUUGGUGAGGGCAGCUUGUCCCAAUUCUUUAAUGCUGGAGAGACUUCACUGUGCAAAGAUGAAUGCCCACCAAAAGCGAACCUCACGGUAACGUCAUCUGAAGCUUCACAGAUGCGAGAAAUAAAAUUAAUAGAAGAUCGCAUAUUAGCCACUAAGUUGGAACAGAUUGUGCUUAUGAACCAAAAGGAAGAAAUCACAAAAGAACUUCAAAGCGCGACAAAAAAUUUGGCUAUCCUUGAUGAUUGUGUUCGUGAAAUAAUUCAUCAUGAAGAUGAGGCAACUUCUCAAUUUGAUUCAGUAAUGUCCUCCAUAGCAGCGCUCAAGCUUGAAAACCAGAAAAUCCAACAUGAGAGAGAUGAGUAUGUUCAGCAGAUUGGAAGAUUGAGACUCCAAAAUCACAAAAAAUUUAAAAUAUGCAAUAAGUUUAUUGGAUUGGGAAGCGAUUCUCUUGAUUUGAAGGAGUUUUUGCUGUCAGAAUUGGAAACUGCAACCUUUGGAUUCUCAGAUAACUUCUUGAUUGGACAGGUUGGACAUGGAUGUGUAUAUAAAGGGGAAAUGAUGAACAGAAGUGUGGCAAUAAAGAAGUUUCACCAUCAUAGUGUUCAAGGCCAACGGGAGUUCCAAAAGGAGGUUUUUGUGUUCAGUAAAUUGAGACACCCUAAUCUGGUGACUCCUAUAGGAGCAUGCUCUGUGGCCUCAACUCUUGUCUACGAGUUCCUACCAAAUGGAAACCUCCAUAAUCGCAUUGCCUGCAAAACCCUAUCGGCUCCGUUAGUUUGGAUGAACCGAGUUCAAAUUAUAGCAGAAAUCUCCUGUGCGCUCCUAUUCCUGCAUUCAUCAAGUCCUGAAAUGAUCGUUCACGGUGACCUUAAGCCUAUGAACAUCUUUCUUGAUUCGAAUUUAAGCUGCAGGAUUGGUGGAUUUGGUUUUUGUGAGCUAGUAGCUCAUCAGAAUGCAGCAAGGCACCCCUUGCUCCGCCAAACUUCAGUACCCAAAAAUCUUUGUGAAGAGCUUCCUUAUACUGAUCCAGAAUAUCAACGAACUGGCAUUCUGACAUCAAAAUCAGAUAUAUAUUCCCUUGGCAUUAUUGCGCUUCAGUUGCUCACUGGAAGGCCCCCACAGAGCGUGGUAAAUGAGGUGCAAAGGGCUGUAUUAUCCCAUCGGUUGUCAGAUCUAUUGGAUAUAACUGCUGGGGAAUGGCCCAAGAAUGUGUCUGAAAAGCUUGCAGAAUUUGGUUUGAAGUGUACUGAAAUACGGGGAUGCAACCGACCGCAGUUGACACCUGCAACUGUGAGAGAGUUAGAGCUGCUGCACCCGAAGCAGGAGAGGCCCGUACCCGCCUCCUUCUUGUGCCCAAUUCUCAAGGAAAUUAUGUAUGAGCCGGUGGUGGCGAUGGAUGGGUUCACCUAUGAGGAGACUGCUAUCCGAGAGUGGCUCAAAAAUGGUCGUGAUACUUCACCCAUGACUAAUUUAGAACUUGAAAACUUAAAUCUAUCUCCAAAUCAUGCCUUGAAAAUUGCUAUCCAGGAUUGGCUAUCCCAAGCUUUUCGGGAUUGAAUGCUCGAGUACCAGGAUUGAUUAUGCACGCUUAUGUUAGUUCAACAAAUGUAUAUUCAUGGAAGAACAAAGGCUUAGCUUCAUCAGCUAAUUUAUACUUCUAAUAGCACACACAUAUACAUCUAUAGCAGCAGCAAUAUAGUUUUUAAAUCUUG